UGGGGAGCCAGCCAAGCUCGGCGGCCAGACCUUCUGAGCUCCCCGGGCGAAUCCGCCUCUCGGCUUUCAAAGAUGGCAUUUCCUGGGCCUGGCAUGAACUCCAGCGCCAGUAAACCCUCCCCGCUCCGCAGGCGACGCGGGAUGGUUUACCAGGUUAUUCAACGAUAGUUAUGACCUCCCGAUUACGUGCGUUUGGUGGAAGAAUUAAUAACAUACGCACCUCAGAAUUACCCAAAGAGAAAACUCGGUCCGAAGUCGUGUGCAGCAUCCGCUUUCUAGAUGGCUUGGUACAGACCUUUAAAGUUAAUAAACAGGACACCGGUCAAGUUCUUCUGGACAUGGCGUACAACCACUUGUGUGUGACCGAGAAGGAAUAUUUUGGUUUGCAGCAUGGCGAUGGAUCAGUGGACUCUCCCCAGAGGUGGCUGGAAUCAAGCAAGCCCAUCAGGAAGCAGUUAAAAGGAGGUUUCCCCUGUACCCUGCAUUUUCGAGUAAGAUUUUUUAUACCUGAUCCCAACACACUGCAGCAAGAACAAACCAGGCAUUUGUAUUUCCUACAACUGAAGAUGGAUAUUUGUGAAGGAAGGUUGACCUGCCCUCUUAACUCAGCGGUGGUUCUAGCAUCCUACGCAGUACAAUCUCAUUUUGGAGACUAUAAUUCUUCCAUUCACCAUCCGGGCUAUCUUUCUGAGAGCCAGUUUAUACCAGAUCAGAGCGAUGACUUUGUCACGAAGGUGGAAUCGCUCCACGAGCAGCACAGUGGGCUGAAGCAGUCAGAAGCGGAAUCUUGCUUCAUCAACAUAGCACGGACCCUCGACUUCUAUGGCGUGGAGCUGCACAGUGGUCGGGACCUGCACAAUUUAGAUCUAAUGAUUGGAAUUGCUUCCGCGGGCAUUGCUGUGUACCGAAAAUAUAUUUGCACAAGUUUCUAUCCUUGGGUGAACAUUCUAAAAAUCUCUUUCAAAAGGAAGAAGUUCUUUAUACAUCAGCGACAAAAGCAGACGGAAUCCAGGGAUCACAUUGUGGCCUUCAACAUGUUAAAUUACCGAUCUUGCAAAACCUUGUGGAAAUCCUGUGUCGAGCACCAUACGUUCUUUCAGGCAAAGAAGCUGCUGCCUCGGGAAAAGAAUGUUCUGUCUCAGUACUGGACGCUGGGCUCCAGGAACCCCAACAAGUCUGUAAAUAACCAGUAUUGCAAAAAGGUGAUUGGAGGGAUGGUCUGGAACCCAGCCAUGCGGAGAUCCUUAUCCGUGGAGCAUUUAGAAACCAAGAGCCUGCCUUCCCGGUCCCCUCCUAUUACUCCCAACUGGCGAAGUCCUCGGCUCCGGCAUGAAAUCCGAAAGCCACGGCACUCUUCCGUGGAUAACCUCGCCAACGAGAUGACGUACAUCACCGAAACCGAGGAUGUGUUUUACACCUACAAGGGCUCCCUCUCCCCGAAAGACAGCGAUUCGGAGGUUUCCCAGAACCAGAGCCCACACCAAGAGGGCAUACCCGAGAGCAACCCAGCACAAAGCUGCCCGACCCGGAAGUCAUCCAGUUCUGUGUCUCCGUCUUCAAACGCUCCAGGCUCCUGCUCCCCAGAUGGCGUGGACCAGCAGUUCUUAGAGGACUUCCACAGGGUGACCAAAGGGGGCUCCACCGAGGACUCCAGCCAGUACUACUGCGACAAGAAUGACAAUGGGGAUGGCUACUUAAUCUUGAUCCGUAUCACGCCCGAUGAAGAUGGAAAAUUUGGAUUCAAUCUAAAGGGAGGAGUGGAUCAAAAGAUGCCUCUUGUGGUGUCGAGGAUAAACCCAGAGUCGCCUGCGGACACCUGCAUUCCGAAGCUGAACGAAGGGGAUCAAAUCGUGUUAAUCAACGGCCGGGACAUCUCAGAGCACACCCACGACCAGGUGGUGAUGUUCAUCAAAGCCAGCCGGGAGUCCCACACACGCGAGCUGGCCCUGGUCAUCCGGAGGAAAGCUGUCCACUCCUUUGCGGAUAUCAAAUCUGAAGAUGAACUGAACCAGCUCUUCCCAGAGGCCAUUUUUCCUGAGUGCCCGGAGGGUGCCGACACCUUGGAGGGAUCCAUGGAACAGCUAAAGAAGGGCCUCGAAAGUGGGACGGUGCUGAUCCAGUUCGAGCAACUCUACAGAAAGAAACCUGGGUUGGCCAUCACCUUUGCAAAGCUGCCUCAAAAUUUGGACAAAAACCGAUACAAAGACGUGUUGCCUUAUGACACCAGCCGGGUAUUACUGCAGGGAAAUGAAGAUUAUAUUAAUGCGAGUCACGUGAACAUGGAAAUUCCCGCUGCUAACCUUGUGAACAAGUACAUUGCUGCUCAGGGACCCCUGCCACAUACCUGUGCACAGUUUUGGCAAGUCGUCUGGGAUCAGAAGUUAUCGCUCAUAGUCAUGUUGACGACUCUCACAGAGCGAGGGCGGACCAAAUGUCACCAGUACUGGCCCGAUCCUCCCGAUGUCGCCGAACACGGCAGCUUCCACAUCCGCUGUCAGUCGGAGGACUGCACCAUUGCUUACGUGUUCCGAGAAAUGCUGGUCACAAACACCGAGACCGGGGAAGAGCACACUGUGACACACCUCCAGUACGUCGCAUGGCCUGACCACGGCGUGCCCGAUGACUCCUCGGACUUUCUGGAAUUUGUAAACUAUGUGAGGUCCCUGAGAGUGGACGCUGAGCCCGUCUUAGUUCACUGCAGUGCUGGAAUAGGUCGAACUGGUGUCUUGGUCACCAUGGAAACAGCCAUGUGCCUCAUCGAGAGAAACCUGCCUGUUUACCCUCUGGAUGUUGUCCGGAAAAUGCGAGACCAGCGCGCCAUGAUGGUGCAGACAUCAAGCCAGUACAAGUUUGUGUGUGAAGCCAUUCUUCGUGUUUAUGAAGAAGGCUUGGUCCCAAUGCUGGAUCCCAGCUAAGGCAACUGUGAAACGCUCGUUCCUCUUUCCAAGGGCAUCCUCCAUAAGGACAGACCUUCUCUUUGGAAGCAGCAAGAGGAAUCUGUAGGCCAUGGUGUGGGAGAGGAGAGGGCGCGUUGAACCCAAGCACUUUAAAUUUCUAUGAGAAAGGAAUCGUGUACAUAGGAACUGUGUAGAUACGCAUGCGGCGGUAGCAUCGUUUAGGCCCGUGAUUCCUCCGGAGAGAAAUGCGCGAAAGGGGGUCUCCGUUUGGGGCCUGUCCCAACGCCUUCCUCCCCAGACAUCACCAUGAUCCUGUCAACCAUCCUUGGGCAUUCGAGAGGGGACGCCAGCAGCGCUGUGACCUCCCAGAAACGAGACGGCGAGGCGAUUUGGAGGCACGUGGAUGCUCUGUGUGUAUAUGUGUGCAGGACUCUAAGAGCCGAGCUUUCUGUGCCUCCAGGCCGAGCUGGAACAGGUAGCGGUCACCGCCA